GUUGUCUCUCUCUUUCUCUGUCUCUCUCUCUCCCCGUCUCUCUCUCUCUCUCUCUCUCUCGUCUCUCGCCCUCUUUUUUCUUAUUGGGGGAGGGACUGUGGUUGUGGGUGGGGCGGUAUUUCUAUCUGAGUGUACUACCUACGACAUAUCAUCUCAUGACAUUCGCCUUAAAUAACCUUCUGCCGGCGUCAUGCUUUCAAACGUGGGUGAGCUCAGAUCAGCUUAUGGUGAUAACUUUCCACCAGCUCUUUCAGCGAUUGCAUAGGCUUUCCCCUCUCAGAUUAUAACUCCACGCUACUUACCCUGUGGUUACUUCAGCUACUCCCGACUCUCCUUGAGUCCCUUCCGUUUGUUUUAUUUGCAUUGACAUCCACGUUCUUUUUUUUCUCUCUUUUUUACGUGAGAGGAAUUAUCAUCAUCAUUUCCAGGAUACACAGGCUGGGCCGAUAGUCAAAAUUUUCUAUCCUUAAUUUCAUGCAUGACCAUUUUCUUUCCUUUUUUUUCUCUUUUUAUCAUGAAGGCAUCUUCAUCAUCAGCCUACCAAGCUCCUGAAUUUUUUGUGGUCGGAAGCUGGCGGAAUUAAAGGGCUGGUGUUGAUUAUAGCUUUGUCGCUGCUUAUAGCUCUACCGACCCCCAAUCCGCUCUUUAGCUCGGCUUGAUCCCCCGCUUCACCAGAAAAAUAAUGCCAUUGCCAGCUACACAUACUCAGCUUACCAUCAUUUCCUGCCCUCUUGUACUCCUUCGAGUUCCGCAUAGCUCUCCUCCCUCGAGCUAUUUACAAGAAUCAUAAACCGAUUGCUCAGGAUCCCACGUAUCACCUCCACAUCUUGUCCCUUCUCGUGUUUGGCAGGCUUUGUUGUCACUAGAGGCGAUUUUCAACCCGUUAGACAGGUCAUUCGUUGAAACGAUAAACCCAGCAGCCACAAAAGUCAUAGACACGAUCGACUGAGUCAACAAUUGAAAUUGAAGGCAGAUCAAGAACUCGGUUCUUUCCAUAGUCCAUUUUUUUUUCUUCCAUAUUUCUGGUCAUCUCCAUCAAUCCUAUAUAUACAUUUUCCAGCCAGAGAAGACCCAGCCACCACCAAACUUUCAUUUCUAUCUUUCUCCACUGAAUCAGAUAUACCAUCAUACACAUAUACAUAUAUAUUCACCUCAAACAUAUAUAUGUCAAUCAUGGAUUCACAUCCACAUCCCAGCCUCGCGCGCGGUAACGCCGCUGGCUCGAACCUGUUCGACCACGAAGCCAACACCAAACCAGUGAUCGUUAAUGCUUCGGCGGCAUCAUCAAGCGUCGAGAAUGCUAGUCAAUCGCCUUCGGCUUCGCAUUCGCAUCAGCACCACCAUCACCACCCUAAUCAUCCUCAUCAUCAGUUUGUAGAUUCAUCGCCAGUUUAUCAUCAUCCAUUCAGGACCAUAACCCCCAACUCAGCCGAAAGCAAUAGUAAGAUCUUGGAUCCUCAACCUCAAUCAAAAUCCUCCACUCCCACCAAUCAACAGCAGACUCAGUCGAGGCCAAACUCGGGGUCGACCUCAGAGUGGUCUGUGCCCGGCAUUGCUCUGCCCCCGGGAUCUCACCAGCCACCCGCCCGCCGACCCUUCAGUACCAGCGCGAACCUUGAGGGCUCGGCCCCCAGGGACCCUCCACCGACAUCCAGCGGCGCCGGAACAGGCUAUCCCUCUCCGACGGCUACGUCCACUUCUCGCCGGAGCAGUUCCAAUGCGAAUCCCCAUCCAAGUCCAAAUCAGACCGAGUUGAUCACUUCGGCUCUCACUACCACCGCACCAACUGCCGCCCCUCCGUACUACCAAACUCAUUCAGCCCAAGAUCCCGCCAGUCUGGCCGUGAUCGCUGCUAUCGAUUGCAGCGGCUUGGACGUUCGUCCCAUGUAUGGAAGUGAAGAUUCGCGACAAACCUCGGGCCAAAAUCCAAACCAACCUCGCAACGAAGGCCAUACUCCAAGUCAUACAAGAGUCCCGAGCUCCGAAGAAAUGAGAGGGCCUUACUACACGCCGGCGGGAGGUGCACAUUACAGCCCAACCGGUUCGGGAAUGCUCCCCAGUCAUUAUCCCCACCUCGCCUCACCAAUUACGCCACAAUCGGGUCCGCGUCGGUCGGCUAGUGCUGCGACUUCAAAUGCUCAGUAUACCCCUUACUCUAACCUUUCAGUACAGGUGCCGUUAGGUCCAAACUCAUACGGACAUCCUCAACACGGUCAACACCCCGAUGGACCGGUUUUGCCCGGUUGGACUCCAUCCGUUGACUCUGUCAGGGACUCAGUUAGCCCUUACAGUCGACCUGGUCGACAACCUUCUGGACCUCUCACCGGCCAUCACACUCCUGCAGCAACACCUUUCGCACAUUCUAUAAGGAACAGCCAGUUGAUGAACUCGCCGCAUUACCCCAGUAGCACCAAUGCUGCACACCAUCAUCAACCUGGUACCAUGCAAUACAAUGCACAAGGAAGACCCUUGGCGUACAUGUGCAAUACUUGCCUACGAGCUUUUGAUCGUCCAAGUGCUCUCCAGAUUCACGAAAGAAGUCACACGGGCGAAAGACCAUUUCCUUGUCCUUGGAACGGUUGCGUGAAACGUUUCACUACUCACGGCAAUAUGGUCAAACACAGCCGCGUUUGUCCAUUCAGAGAGCCCGAAGAUUAAAUGAUUUCGACAAGACGAAAACUUUCAAGACUGAAAUACAGAUACCAUAUAAUAUUUAUGCAGAUUACUUCGUUUUGACCUUUGUACACACGGACAACUAAAACUAUGAACAAAAAUAAACCGUACUUCCUUGAACUUCUAGAACUGCUUACGUAAUCCCAUGCUCUCCGAUGCUUACUUCCAUUCCUUUUCCCAGUGUUCCUUUCAAAUCUUUCCAUUUGUUCAAAUAUCAGAACAUAAAGAAUGAAGAACAAAGACCAGCUAACAGAAAGAAUAAAAGCUAGUAGACAUUCAGAGAGUACACUUGCAAGAAGAUUAAAAUUAACAAGUUAAUAACAUUUGGCAACCUUCACCGCAUAUUUUUUCAAGCUGAGGGGAAGUGUACAAUAUGCGUUCAAAUCACAAUUUUUUUUCAAUUCUAUAUCGUUUAUACUUGUGAUAGUCUAUACAUGUAUAUCCUGCUGAUACAAACUAGAGAUUUAAGACUUAGCCCUGAUAAUUAAUCCCCAAAAUUUUCUUUCUCAUCAAGCUCAUUUCUAUCAAAAGUCAAUUAAUGUGUUUCUUCAAUUUAUUCUAACUCAAAUCUGCUGCUUCAAAUUCACUCCAUUGCAAAGACAAGAAAGAUUAUGGCCCGG